CACAGCCAUAGUACACACUCAAUUACAUCAUAAUCAUCACCCCCGACGCAUCCUUGUCCGGUUCUGAUGACAUGUGGUCCAGCAAAAAGACCGCCGCCGCUCCCACGGCGAUAGCAGGAGGACCAUCGUCGGCAUCGUCUACGGGAGGGAGGAAUACGUUUUCCAUCCUCCAGCCUACCCUAGUCAACAACACCUCUCAAGGCAACUUCAAUUCCAAUUCCAACUCUAAUUUUAAUGUUAAGGGGAAGAACUCGAAUACGAAUCGGGAGCUUUGGAUAGGACGUCUACCGGCGAGCUUGCAUCGAAAGGUCUUAUCCUACCUCCCUGUACCGGAUGUUCCUCGGUAUGCGGCGGCUUGUAAACAGCUGUCGGGGUUGGUUAGGAAUGCCGAAGAGACGUGGAAGGUCAAAUGCGAGGUGCUUGGCGUAUCACUGGGGCUCGACUCGAUUUCGACGGCAGAAACGAGUACGAGUACGGGUACGGGUACGAGUGUGAGUGGCCGAGAGAGACAGGGUGGGGAUGAAGAUGAAGAUGGUAUGACCGGAUUUGGACUUGGGAUCUCAACUACGAAUACGAACGGGAGCGGGAACGGGGAAGGGAAUCGGCACCGAGCACAAGGGUCCAUAUCGAAUUUGAAGUCUAUGACGAACCCCGCUGCGGCUGGCAAACCUGGAGCGUUCGCUUUCGAGGACAACGACGACGAGGAGGAUGAUUUUGGGGAUUUCAGCGGGAGCGGGACGAUACCCAAUUCCGGACAAACUAAAACUACUGGUCUUGCUCGACGAUAUAGCAAUAGCAAGAGCUUGAACGUCAAUUCACAAGGUAUCGAUAUCGAGGUACCAAGCACUUUCAAAACCAAUAUUCCAGGUGUCGCUACUACCGGUGGUGCUGGUCAUAGUAAAAUGAAGAAUAGCGGGACGCCUAAUCUGAUGGACUUUUCCGAUGGGUUCGAUGAUCUCGAUUUUGACUUUGGGUCGGUCCCGAUGCCUUCGAAUUCUGCUAAAUCGCCAGAGAAGAGUAGAGGGAGAGGGACGGCCGGACACUUGCAGAAGAGCGGGUUUUUCGCAUUGCCAGCUGUAGCGGUGAAUAUGUUGGAUCCACGGACGAAGACGAGGACGCAAACGCAGGGUAUGGAGACUGAGACCAGUUCUAGUCCGUGGUAUGAAACGUAUAAGCGGGUGCAUAGUCAGUUGAUGCCGUAUGUGAGGAUCUUGAGGACGACUUCUUCGACUUCCACUUCGUCGAGCCAAGAAGGAGGAGGUGGAAAUUCGACGAAGACGAACCUCACACCCACUCAAACGCUAUCCCUCCUCUUCCCUCAAACCUCAUCCCACUCCCCAGACUCGCCAGUUCCCGGCCCAUUACCGCUCGUCGACCAAGCGACCGUCCUAGCGCGCCUAGUACUCCUCCUUACACCCCUUAUCGAGCCUUGUGCGGAUUGGGCAUGGUUGAGGAGGGUACUGGUGGGUGGGGGAGGGGUGGUCGAUCGGUGGGAUGGGGGGUGUUUGAGUGGGUUUGAGGGGUUGGAGCGGAGAGUGAGGUCUAGUGGGGGUGGGACGGGGGGUCCAGGAGGAGGUUCCGGUGCAGGUGCAGGUGUGGCUGCGGGUUCUGCGGUGGAUGAGAAAUUGGUACAAGAGAUGAGACGCGUAGCGGGCGCAAGUUGGAAAGUCUACACAUCGAUGGCCAGGUCUAAAGCGUUAUCUUCGCCUUCGAACUCGAGAUCGCGAUUCAGGUCUAACGGGAGCGGGAGUGGGAAGGGCACAGGGACGGGGACGGGUACAGGGAUCUCGUUUACAGCAGGGCUCGGAGGGUGGGGUGGGAUAGGAGGGACGGACGCGGAUGAGGCCGGGUGGGAGUUGGGAAGGGUCUGGGUGGAGAAACGGGAGGUGUUUUACGAAUCUGGGUCGGGUGGGAAGUGGGAUAGCGGGGAGAAUAUCGUUAAAUUGCCGGCCGCAAAGGGAGAACCGGCGACACAUACCCUGGACUUCACCCCGAUGUCGGCCGUCUUUAUGGAACGCAUGUUGACGAGGAUUCGGGAAGACUGUGGGGAGGCCCUGCGGAUCUUCGGGACCGGAACGGGCGGAGUCGCGGAUGGGGGAGCGGGAGCGAGCGUGGUCAAGCGGUUUGUGGAUCGUCUUGUUGGCGAGGUGAUAUCGGAAUACGUUUCGUCGCUCUUGUCCUUAACACGGCUGCUCUCUCAAGAUCUCUUCCUUACAGCGACUGCGGCCACGUUUGUGCAAGUAUGGCGCGUCGUCGAUGUUGCCAAAGAAGUCGUCAGGCAAGCCAUGUCGGGUGGAAAGGAAGGCGACCAAGUGGAGAAACAGGCUGUCGAGGCGGUCGGGAAAGAGGCGGAAAGAGCGGUUUACGCAGCGUUCGAGCAACAUAUGGACGAGUACCUCGAAGACGAAGUGGAGUGGAUAAAGAAUGUGCUGGACAAGAUGUGCAAGGCGUGGGACACCAAGAUGGGCAACGCUACUACAACGCAACCGACGCAAGCGGCGACGUUCUUGUCUUCAGCCAACCCUGAUCAGGUGAAACGAAACGUCCUCGCCGGAUUUAGGGACGCCUUACUCCUUCCGGUCACCAUCGUACCGCUCACCGUUACGUACGGGAUGAACGCCAUCGUUACCGGCGGAACCCAGGCUGUGAACGGUCUAGCGAUGCUAAAUCCUCAGCGAUGGACCGGGCAAAGUGGUAGUGACGGGCGAGGAGCCACGAACGGUGCGCCAGCGGUCCCUGUCGAUCCGGUUGAGGGCGCCGAGAUCGACAAGGAGAAGGAGAAGGCGGAAGACCUCGAGGAGGUCGCCGUACAGCAAGAUGAACCGAAAGAUGGAGGCGAACAGAUGCAGCUGCUUCUCUCCCUCGACACGGUCCUCGAGUUUGUUCACGCCGACCGAGAGUGCUUGAAGCGCAUAGAAACGUUCCAGGGGUAUCCGAGCAAAUACGGCAGGAAGGUCCGUGAAGCCAUCGAAGAGGUAUUCAUUCACUUGCUGCGUGCAGUGGCGGCGCGCCAUAUCGUGCCUGCCUGUAACAAGGCGAUCCAGCAAAUGACAAACUACAAGCCCGAAGACUCGGCCGAAGGUACAAGCAAUCCGCCUUUGCUUCAGUAUCUUGAACUGGUCAACGUUGUCGACACCGUGACGUCGAUCCUGCAGGUCUACUUUGACAAGGAUCUGGCGAAAUACAUCGACCGAACGGAUUUCCUCAACGCAGCCAUGCAGGAGAAAAAGCGAUUCGAGGGUGCGCUAGACGACGCGGUCGCAGCUGGUAUGAAUGCGGGUGUAGAGGUGCUCAUGAAUCAGGUCGAGCAUAUCAUUCAGACACGCACACAACCGGGCGAAUACUGUCCCUCGCCGGACCAGAACCCGGAGCUCGGUCCGACAAAAGCCUGCGUCGACGCAAUCACCUGCUUGGAGGUGCAUUGCAAACUGCUGAAGGGUAGCACAUCGAAAGAGGUCCUGGAGGUCUUUUACCAGGAAGUCGGUUUGCGAUUACAGAACAUCUUGCAAAAACACAUCAAGCGCCAGAUCAUCUCGCUCGAUGGCGGUUUCCAGAUGAUCGCCGACCUCAACGCUUACUACGCAUUCGUUGCCUCGCUCAAACAACCUCGAAUGGCCGAGGAGUUUUCGAACCUAAAGAUGCUCGGCCAGGUCUAUAUCGUCGCCGACGCGAAAGACUUGGCGCAGAUCAUCCGAGAUGUGACGCGAUAUGGAGGCACGUACCGACCGGAAGAUCUCUACGAAUUCAUCCAACGCAGAGCGGAUUGGAAAAAGAUUGAAAAGACUGUCGAUAAUUCCAUGUAUUCCCUCUCGGUCAAGGAAGAUUGUAUAAUCAUGUGAAGAACAAGGGGCUGUAAGGUUUACUGUAUCUAGCAUCAUCUCAUGUCGUGACCAUCGUGUCCAAGAACGAACGAUCGACUAUAUUACCUGAAUGGCGUCAA